GUUCAAGUGGAGUCGGGAAAAAACUGACACCCGUCCCACCUCGCCUCAACCCUAGCUGGCGGCCCGCUGCCACCGGCACCGUCGAGGCUGAACCUCGUCGGCGGAUCCCUCCUCAAGCCAACCUUACCCUCUCCCGCAACCCCAAGGAGCCGCCGCCCCCCUGCACUAGCCAAGAGGCCGCCGCUCGUACUCCAGCAGAGGUCGCCGCGCCGCCACUCUCUCUACUUGAGGAGUGAUCGCCCCGGCCGCCACCCUUCUACCCCAGCAGAAUUCGACGUCACCGCCACCCCCUGCAGCAAUACUCGCCGUCGCCACCGCGCCCUCUGCCGCCCUACCGUGCGUGAUUCCCUACCGCGCCGCUGCUGCCACCCAUCUCCGGCGCCGCCGCCGCCGCUGCCACGCCCCGUUGCUCUCGCGCGCCACGCAUCUCCGCCGCCAUCGCCGCACCGCCCCUCUCGCGAGAGCCUCCGUCGCUGCCGAAACAUCCACUGCCGAAGCCGAUCUGUCAUCACCGACUCGCUCACUUUCAUGGUAAUUCUCCUGAACUGCCAAACGAGUUCACUUAUGAUAGACAUGGUUUCUGCUAUUGAAGAGCUUAGUGGGCUACCUUCUAGGGAACUUAGUGAGAUGCUGAAGGAGUCAGAGAGCUUUGUUUUGCAGUACAAGGCAGAAGAUGGAGGUCCAAAGCAGGUGGACAUGGAAAAACUUGUAUCGUCGCUUCCUCUUCAUCUUCUUGCUGUAUGUUUGGAGCUUGGAAGAGAUUCAGAUUUAACAUAUGUACUUCGUGGCAUCCGCUUUUUGCAUAGUUUAUCUGAGCUAGCAACUCGUUACACUAGGCUGGAGCAGCUUCUUCUGGAUGAUGUGAAAUUAUCUGAACAAGUCAUGGACCUAAUAUUAUUUGUGCUAACUAUUCUGGCCCACCAGAAGAAGGAAAAUCAUCUUGGUGCUUCUCCCUUUAUACAUUCAUCACUUGUAGCAGCAAGUCUUCAUCUGUUGACAAGUUACUUUUCAUCUCAGUGCCAUGAACUUGUUCAUAUUCUUCUUGCACAUUCAAAGGUUGAUAUAUUUAUGGAUGUGGCAUUUGAGAGUCUGCAUGAAGAUAUGAAGUUAUUGAGUCUCAGGCUAUCAACAUUGGGCACCGAUGCCUUUCCUGUUGGUCCUUUUGACUCACAACUUACCCACUUCAUCUGCCAACAGUGCGAAGCAUCAUUACAAUUUCUUUUGUUGCUGUGCCAGCAGAAGUUGUUUCGAGAUCGUAUUUUUAAAAACAAGGAGCUCUGUAGAAAAGGAGGUAUACUGUCACUCUCUCUGACUAUAUUGAAGUUAGGUGUUCCAGAAUGUCUGCAGGGAUCAACUCAUAUUGUUUCUUCCAUUUCCAGACUGAAGGCAAAAGUCCUUUCUAUUGUGCUACAACUUUGCGAAGCUGAAAGUAUUUCUUACCUUGAUGAAGUUGCCACUUUACCGAAGAGCAUGCAACUAGGGCAAACCUUGGCACUCGAGGUUCUUGAUUUGCUGAAAACUGCAUUUGGAAGAAAGGAAAAACCUGCGGCUGGUUCUCAUGAUAAGAGUUUCCCCAUGGGUUCUGUGCUUAUCAGUGCGUUACGUCUUGUUGAUGUAUUCUCUGACGAUUCAAACUUCAGAUCGUCCUUCAUAACUAAUACUAUUCCCUUUCUGACCCAAAUUUUGGCUACUCCUCAUGAUGAGUUUUCCUCGAGUUGGUGCUCUGUCAAUAUGCCAGUGAUUGAAGAAGAUGCUAAUCUAGAAUAUGAUCCAUUUGGUGCAGCUGAGUUGGCACUGGUAGCUGCUUCCGAUAUCGAUAUGUUAACUGAAGCUAAAGCUAACUAUUCAUGCCCUUUGCGCACUAUCAGUGUGUCUACAAUAACAUAUGCCCAGACAAGAACGUCAUAUGUGGUGAAAAUAAUAGCAAAUUUGCAUGUCUUUGUUCCAAACAUAUGUGAAGAGCAAGAAAGAGACCUUUUUCUUCAGAAAUUUCAGAAAUACUUGUUAUCAGAGAGUCCUAGGCCAUCAUUGGACCAUCCAGCAUCUGAUGAGGCCACUACAGUUUGUAGAAACUUGGAAUCUUUGUCCCGUUAUGCUAAAUCAUUAAUUCCUAAUCACUUAUUAAAUGAGGAAGAUGUGCAAUUAUUAAGUGAAUUUGCUUACAAGUUACAAAAAUGGUGUGAAUCACUAGCAGGACUGAGAACAUUGCAGGUGGCAAAAAGUGAGACAUCAUUACAAAUCAAGGAAGAUUUGCAAAAAGUGAUACAUCAUUUAACGGGAAGGUUAACUACUGUUCCAAAUUCCAAUAUGAAUAACCCUCUCAAGGAUGCACAGAACAUGGAAGAGUCUACACCAACACCCUCCAUGAAACAAGAGGGAAAUGCUAGGGAUGAGACUCCAAGAAAGCGUGCCAGCAUAAAUUGUGGGCUCCUGCAGAAUUCAGUUGGUCAAAACCUAAUUCAUCUUGGUGUUGCGAGAACAACUAAGACAGGCUAUCCGGGGGUCAGUACUGCUACUAGUACAGUACUCCAGCACUGUAGAAGCGUAGAUCAUUUCAAAACACCAGAACCUACAACAGAAAGUGGUCUUCAAGAUGAUGAUGAGAGGCAACGUAAGAGAAAGAAGCGAACCAUUAUGAAUGAUGGGCAAGUAAAUGAAAUUGAGAAUGCUCUAAAUGAUGAGCCUGAGAUGCAUAAGAAUGCAACUUCACUUCAGGCAUGGGCAGAGAAAUUGAGUGGGCAGGGUUCAGAGAUAACAUCAUCACAACUAAAGAACUGGCUAAACAACAGAAAAGCUAAGCUUGCUCGUGUUGCGAAAGAAAGAGGAGUACCAUGUGAGGGUGAUAAUGCUGAUAAGCCAUCUACACCAGCUACUUCUCACUUUGGUGACUCCUCAGAAAGUGCUGGUGAGGAGAGCUAUUUUCCACCUCCAAGGGUGAUGAAUGCUCUAGGCAUAUCAAAAGGCAACGGACAGCUAAAUCAAGGCACCAAUGAUACAACUACGCAGGCAGAGUCCAACCAAAACAUCAUGAUGAGCUGCCCUUUUACAAAAUCAUAUUCUUUCGAGCUUGGGCGUCCGGUUUUGUUGAUCGACAAUCAAGGGAACGAAAUUGGAAGAGGGGAGAUUUUCCAAGUCGAAGGCAUGGCACAAGGGAAGAGCCUAACAGAGAGUCACAUCUGUAUUAUCAAUAUUACCGAUCUUAAGAUUGAGAAAUGGAGGGAGCUCCCUCAUCCCUCCGAGGCAUCUGGAAGAACGUUCCAAGAGGCGGAAUCAAGGCAUGGUGGCGUGAUGAGGGUGGCAUGGGAUGUUAUCAGGCUUGCUCCAGUGGUGCCGUAAGUUCCAUUCUUUUUGCAGCUUGUAGUAAGCCAUCCUCCCAUGUUGGCAUCGAGAAAGUAGAGAGUAGAGAGAAUUUCCAAUCUAUGGCAAAUGAGCUGCUCAAGUAGAUACUCGAGUAGCAUUUGGCAAAACCCUUGAAUAUCGUCUGUUGACUGUUGUAUCAAUUCACCCAAUGUUGUGCAUGUUCAGGAGGAACUACACCCCCUCAGGUUAUCAGUUCUAUAUAUAUGUUCAUUGUUCAUCGCAAUAACUUCAAUCU